AUGGAGCUCUCAUCAACUUUCCAAAGCCAUGAGUGGACCAUCAAGUACGCUCUCCAAGGAACACCAAGGGCAGGCACAGUCGUCUUCGUCCACGGCACACCAUGGUCUUCGGACGUCUUCAUACCAAUAGCCAAAGCUCUGCUAGCCAAAGGCUAUGGCCAUUCUCAGACACUCUCUGAAGAGUCUCAACAAAGCGGCCUCUUCGCCGGAGACACAUCAGUCAAGGCUCAGGGCGCUGUGCUAGCCCACCUGCUGCAGCAUUUGAAGUUAGACGGCCAAGACGGAAGGCCAGCACCUGCUGUGAUAGCACACGACAUCGCCGGAACCAUUGCGUUACGGACACAUCUGAUUCAUAAUUGCGAGUUCAGCAGCCUGCUGAUGAUGGACACAAACACAGUCCUGCCAUGGGGCGACGGAUUCUACAAGCUGGUUCGGUCGAAGCCAGAUACAUUUCUGGAGCUGCCGCAGGGCAUAUUCGGUGCUAUGGUGAGGGCUGCCAUUCAAAGCGCUUGCCACAACCCCAAAGUUUUGUCAUCAGGAUGGGAGGACGCACUUGCCCGCUCAUGGGUUGCGGACGCUGGCGAGGCAUCUUCCAAGGGGCAGAACAUGCAGCGAAGCUUUGUGCGGCAAAUAGCGCAGGCGAACGACGCUGAUGUUGCGGAGAUGCUGGACGCCGACAUGUACUCGCAGGUGCGGUGUGAUGUGAAGAUUGUCUGGGGGGAGGAGGACAAGUGGAUUCCACGAGAGAAGAUGGACAGUUUGGCGAAGAUGCUUGGUGACCGUUUGAAGGAUUUUGUUGUAGUUCCUGAAGCUGGGCAUUUGGUGAUGUUGGAUCAGCCUGAGAGAGUAGCAGUAGAGAUCUUCGAUUGGCUUAGAUCGGAAGUAUGA